GGGCGAGCCCCGACCAUUUUAUAUACCCUCAAAUAGCUAACCUGAGAUUCUGGCCUCAUCCUGAAUAUUAAAACUAACCACAAUUAAAGACGACAGUCAGUUGCCCAAUAGUGUAUGAGAUUCUUAGACGAGAAAACUGCGAAAAACCAGAUGACAAAGACGCCCGUUACUCAAGCCCCUUUUCAGAGCAUGGGGGAGAACAAUCACGGCUCUCUCAAUGAACUCGUGGAACCCGUGACCCGAUUGAAACAACAAAACGUUAGGUGCUCCUCGGUGCCUGCCGGGCAUGUAACCGGAGUUGUCCCUCAGUUAGUGGUGACAUGUGAACCAACCCCCAGUCGAGCUGAGUACAAGACCACAAGGACUAACGCCCUAUCGUUUUGCUCACACCCCGACGAGGAGUCCGUUUGUUCUGACAGUGGAAUUGGCGGGUCGCCCGCUCCAUCUCUCUUUUAUCGCAAGUUGUCAAAUUCCUCCUCAGCUGUGUUGUCACCUGCUUCGUCUUUUGAGGAAUACGAUGAAGAUUUCAGUGAACCUUGCCCCACAGUGACGCACAGCAGUCAGGCAGACGUCGGUUCAGACGCCAAGAAUGAGCUGCUGAAGCCCGGAGCCAUGGUGAACUCCUCUCCGCUCCCAGGACCCCUCAGGACGGGCUCCCCGUGGGUGCAGGUGGUGGGCCACGCAGGAAACUUCCGGACUGGACCUGACGGGAAGCUGCUGAAGAAGUACUGCGAGUCUGAGCAGCGGUGUCUGCAGAAGCUCAUGGGCGACUCGCUGAGGCCUUACGUGCCCAGUUACUAUGGCGUCACUCGGCACGACCAGCAGGACUACAACACCAUGGACAACCUCCUGGCCGGCUUUGACUCCCCCUGCAUCAUGGACUGCAAGAUGGGUACCAGGACAUACUUGGAAGAUGACUUGCGGAAGGCCAGAGAGUCUCCUCAGCCCCGUAAGGACAUGUAUGAGAAGAUGGUAGCCGUGGACCCCGGGGCCCCGCACCCCGAGGAGCACGCCCAGCAGGCGGUGCUGAAGACCAGGUACAUGCAGUGGAGAGAGAGCCUCAGCUCCACCGACACCCUCGGCUUCCGCAUCGAGGGCAUCCAGAAGGCAAAUGGUACGUGUAACACCAACUUCAAGAAGACCAAAUGCAACGAGCAAGUGGUCCAGGCCCUCGAGGACUUUGUGGACAAGAGUGUCCCCAUUCUGAGGAGUUACCAGAAGCGACUGAAAGAGAUACGGCUGGUGCUUGAGAACUCCGACUUCUUCAGGGCGCACGAGGUGGUGGGUAGUUCCCUGCUGUUCAUACACGACCGGACGGGCAAAGCUGGCGUGUGGAUGAUCGACUUCGGAAAGACGUUGCCCACGCCCCCGCCGCUCACCUUGGACCACAGGACACCAUGGGUAGAGGGCAACCGAGAGGAUGGAUACCUGUGGGGCUUGGACAAUUUCAUUGACAUCCUGACCAACAUCCUGUCUGUACUUUUAGAGUGAAAAGUAUCAAGGUGUUUUCCUUCCCCAAUGGGGGGGGUCUAUGUAAAAGAUGUUUUGGACCAUGAAGCCUUUUUUAUAGCACAGACUGUUAAAUAUGGUGCAGUCCAUAAUGUGAGUCUAUGGAAAGUCCUUUGUUGUUACUCAAAAUGGAUGUAGUGUUUUGUUGAAAAUACUCAUAAUGCGUUGUGACACAAAGUGUAGCCCCUCAAUACUUCACAAGGAAUUGCAUUUAUAUGAUUUGUAAGAGAUAAAUGCAAAUUAUUUUGGCUACUUCUAGUGGCUUAUCCUAGUCCACCUGACCAUUUUAUCUCUGGAUUUCUACUUUGUUAAUAUUCAAAUAAUGGACGUGCAAAAGGGCUGUGAGAAGUAAAUAUAUAAUUUCUUGACAUGCAACCAAAAACUGUGACCAUUUAUGCAAAUUAAUAAUGCUAUAACUAUUGUUUCUUUGUAUAUACUUUUACAUUAGUCUAGGGUUAUGUGUGUGUGUGUGUGUGUGUGUGUAUAUAUUUGGUAGGUGGAUUGAAUUUUGCCUGUGAACAUUCCAGCUUCGUUUGUUUUUCGCAUUCCUAAGGUAUGAUGUAUACAUUUGAGCUGGGUAGUUUGACUUGAUUCAUAUCUGUGUUCAUACGGACAUUUCUUUUAAAAUACUGCUGGUAGUACUCCUGUAUUUUUUUUCUUAAUCUUUGAUGUCUGAGAUGCUAUGACCAGAUCAAAAGCACAAGAGUUUUACACAGUGGAUUUGACAUGGUGUUGACUACUGUAUCAACUCAAUAAAUAUCCACAAAGAUGUGAGUUGA